AUGCCUACUUCCAACAAUUCCCUUGAAUUUGUUAUGGACAAGCACUGUGAAAUGAUCAGUCACAGCGGUUCUGCAGACCAAACCCAGUUUUCUGGAAUUGCUUUCGACCCCUUGUGCGAUUUCAACCAAGAGAUUAUCGACGAAAUGCAUGGAGAAGUUGUAUUCCGAUCUGUGACAGAUGUCUUUGUCAACCAUGCAGAUAUGGAAUGGACCCGUACCUCGGCCAGAAACCCAGCAGUCACAAACCUCCUCAGUCUCAAAAGUUUCCUGCCAACCGAAGUCAACAAGGCCACAACCAAGACAAUUGUUGCACAGAAGCCGAAGACGAAUCUGCCAGAGAAGGUCAAUCCUGAUUCUGUUCCCACUGCAAAAAGCAUAGGUCAAGGUUCGUACCAAAAGUACAACCAAAACCAGGUGAACAAGCUUUUCUCCUUGGUUUUCUCGGAAAACCAGACUGCUGCUGCCGCUGCCAGGGAAAUGGGGAUCAAUGUCCAGACUGCCCAGAACUAUGUCAGGCUGGCCAGAGAGAAGAUCCAGGCCGAUUUUGAUGCUGCCACAGUGGAGACUGAUGAGUCCAAUAGGCUGAAGACGAUGGAGGUUGAGGAGGUUUCUGCGCCUAAAGAACGAAAACAUGGCAACCAAAAGUUGUUCCAGGUGCACUCUACUUUUUUUUUGAAGUUUUUCGAAAAUAAACCAGAUGCUACCUUGGAACAAGCAAGGAUAGCUGUCAUGGAAGAGUUCUCUGGGCUGCAGAUUACCAAAUCAGCAAUCCAGAAGCACUUGGUGAAGAAGUGUGCCCUGACGAUGAAGAAGUUGGAGAAGCUGCCUGAGAAGAGAGACGACGUCAACACAAUUGAGAUGAGACGAGACUGCAUUUUGGAGUGGCAAUAA